GCUCAUACUGCUCGUUUCUGCCCGUUUUAUAAUAGACGUUACCGGUUAGAAGCCGCUAGAUUCCCCAUUUUAGUAUUUUUCCUGCUAUUGUUCUUUCCUCGUGAAACUUAAUCGUAACGUAAUUUUUAAUAACAUUAUCAAUUUGUAGUGUAUUUUACUAUCAAAUUUGGAACAAUGUCGUCAACCUACAAGCCUCAGAAAGUUCAAAAGGUGAUGGUACAACCCAUCAAUCUCAUCUUCAGAUUUUUGCAGAACAAAAGCCGUAUUCAGGUUUGGCUGUAUGAAAAUGUAAAUUCUCGCAUAGAGGGAUGCAUCAUUGGUUUUGAUGAAUACAUGAAUUUAGUGCUUGACGAGGCUGAAGAGGUGCAGUUGAAAACCAAUGAAAGAAAGGCUUUAG